AUGAGUUCUCCCGAAAAUGAGUCCAUGCAAAAAUGCAUUAAGAGUUUAAAAAUGCACAAGGUGAAGUUAUUGGUGAGAACUUGUGAAAAAACAUAUGAUGAAUAGCCUAUUAAAGAUGCAGACAUUGAAAUACAUGAUAAUUAAUUCCCAGAUGGCUAGCUACCUUCUAUAGAUGAUAUAAAAAAAUGGCUGGCCACAGUUGAUGAAUUUUUCACUGAUGAAAUUGAUGGAUAAUUUCCUAAUUCACCAGAUUAAGGUAUAAUUAACAUUAAAUAAAAAAUAAUAGAGAUAAAAACUAGCAAAAUUAUGAAAUUUGACAAUGAACGAAGAAUUGGUGUGCAUUGUGAAGCAGGGUUCGAAGGAGCUCCAUUUUUCGUUGCUUUAGCUUUAGUCAAUAAUGGCUGUACACCAUCAAAUGCUAUUGAACUGAUAAGACAAAGGAGACCAGGGGCACUAAAUAUUACCCAGGCAAAUUAUAUAUUAGAAUUCAAAGGAAUAUCAAAGAUAAACAAGAGCUAGGGGAAUGCAAAUAGUGGCUGGAAAUGCAUUAUAUUUUGA